CAGCUUCGCUCAGGCUCUCAACAGCAGCUUAGUGGCACUAGGACCCCUGAGAGCUUCAGGGGGGCUCUGCUUUCCCUAUUAGGAGUGUACAAAUGUCACCACUCUCCCCACAACAGCUGUACAGAGCCAGGUGCUUGAGCCUGACUGGCCUGCUUAAAAAUAGCCACAACCCUGUGCUCUCUGUGAAUGCCACAGAGAUGGCUGCUGCCUGCCACCCACCCACCCGAUUCCACCACGUCCAUGGCACCAACAUCCGCAUUGACCCCUCGCACACUCAGGCCACCAGGGUGGAGAGCUUUGCCAACGGGCUAUGUUUCAGCCAGGAGCCCCUGGAGCCUGGACAGAUCUUCCUAGUGGAGAUUGAGGAGAAGGAGCUGGGCUGGUGUGGCCACUUGCGGGUGGGGCUAACAGCACAUGACCCAAGAAGCCUGGAUGUGGUGCCAGAGUAUUCGCUCCCAGACCUGGUCAGUAUGGGGGACACCUGGGUUUUUGCCAUCACCAGGCAUCACAACCGUGUUACUCCAGAUGGCUCGGAGGCUCGGGUCCAAGGCUUCCUCUCAGAACCCUACCUGCUCAUAGAACAAGUCAGGAUUCCCCGAGACAAGCUGGUGGGACGGAGCAGGCCCAGCCAGUACAGCCACAUGCUGGAUGACUUGUACAAGACAAAUAUGCUGCCCCCGACAGCCCGGAGGAGCAGGAUUGGGGUGCUGUAUGCCAUCCGGUCUGAUGGGAUGGCAGACAUGCACAUUAUCAUCAAUGGAGAAGACAUGGGACCAAGUGCCAGGAGCCUCCCUGCCUCCCGCCCACUCUAUGCAGUGAUCGAUGUCUUUGCUUCAACCAAGAGUGUCCGUGUCAUCCAAGUGGAAUAUGGCUUCCCUUCCUUGCAGACCCUCUGUCGACUGGUCAUCCAGAAGCACAUUGUCCACCGAUUGGCCAUCGAUGGGCUGGACCUGCCUCCACUCUUGAAGAACUUCUGCAAAUAUGAAUGAGAUGGCAAGAUCUCUCUCAGCAGGCAGGCCCUUCAAACGUGCAGCCCGUGAGUGACCAAGAAUGGCCUUCCAGUAAGGGGUCCAUGCUUCCAGAACUGCUCUUCCAUCUUCACCCAAGGAGCCUCAGGAGCAGAGGUGGUCCUCCCACUUCACAGCAGCUGACUGUAACCUCAGCAGUUACACCCAUCCUGACAUACAUUGUGCCGUGGAAGUCUGCAGUGCCAUAAAAUGGCACAGAGACCACUGGAAUGGCAGAGUCUUACAGCACAGACAGUCCAUAGCAGAAGGGAAGGAAUAGCAGCAGUGGGGGGGAUUCCCUGCACACAAAGGGACACGGAGGGAUUGGUGCAUGUGCCAGAUUGUUGUUAUAGAAAUGAGAAGAUAAUAAAGCGCUUCAAAACAGAAGCAAAUUGUUGGGAGUACUGACUGGCAUGGCCUAGUCUCAGACUCCUCCACAUAGCAAUGGGGAGAGGGUAGCACAGAAUAUCCCCCUAAGGUUGUGUCAAUUGCUGUCAGUUACUUCAGAGUUACAUAAUUCAGUGAUGAUAAACUUGCCCUAACCAAAGGGGUUGGGGGAUGUUCAUUUCCCAUCAGCAUCCUGCACAAGAAGGUUCUGAAGGGACAAUCCAGGUAAAUGUGGAGCCCUGGCUGCUUCUUCCAGGCACAGAGGGACUCAGCACUAUUAGAAAUGGAAUAGAUGAGGCAGAGGGAUAGUUCCCUGCUUUGUAGGAUCAUGGGAUCUCAGUGGGGAUGGACAGAGUUAGAAUUGUGGCAUAAGCAGGGAGGAAGGUCAGUGGCUUGCUGGUUCCAGUGUGAGGUAAGGUCAGGGCCUGUGAUGCUGGUUCUAGAAUGGGGAGAGGUCAGUGCUGGUACAUCAUGGGGAGAAGAGGCACCAGCCUGAUUCCUACACUGGCAAUGUCUUAUUUUGUGAAGGAAAAAGCUUCUUCAGGUUUUUUAACUUCCAUCCAAGGUAACUGUUUUUCCUUCCAAUAUGGAAGCAUUUUGUACAGAAACCAGAACGUGAUUGGAAGGUGACUCAAAUAUCUGUUUGCUGCAUGGCAAAUUUACCCAUCAAAUAAGAGAUUUAGGAUUAAGGGCUCGUUACAUCACAAUCCACACUUCAUACAGAGACCCAAAUAAAAUGCCAUCCUGAGGUGGCACGUAAA